AUGGGCUCGGGGGGCCGCGGCCGCGCGCUGCCGCGCGCCGGCGUGCCCAGCUUCCGCCGCCGCACGCGAGACGGGUCGGCGGAGGCGCUCGGCGCCGAGCACCCGGACUCGCUGCGGUGCGCGAGCAACCUGGCGGCGCUAUGCCAGGCCAUGGGCAAGUACGCGGAGGCUGUGCAGGUUGUCAGUGACUUCUCGGGCGUUGGUGCAGCCGCAGCUGGUGGAUCUCGGACGCUUCAAGGCGGAGCGGCUGUACAUGCGCGCGCUGCGAGGGCGAAGGGCGGCACUAGGCGACGACCACCCAGAGGUCCUCCGGACGAUGGUCGACCUGGCCGGCGCCAUGCAGGCGCUGGGCAGGCGGAGGGAGGCGGAGGGGCUGCUGCGCGGCGCGGUGGCCCAGCUGCAGAAGGUGCUGCCCGACGUCGAGGGCGAGGGGGCCGAGGCAGCUGCUGGCGCCUGGCAUCGCAAGCGCUACAGAUCCUGGGACGCGGUGUUGGACACCUUGCCCGCCCACGCUAG